AUGAUGAAGAAAAAGAAAUUCAAGUUUAAAGUUGAUUUUGAGCUGGACGAGCUGUCUUCUGUGCCGUUUGUUAACGGGGUUCUAUUCUGUAAAAUCCGCCUGCUGGACGGAGGCUUUUCGGAAGAAUCAUCACGAGAAACGGUCCAGGCAAACUGUGUGCGCUGGAGAGCAAGUUUCUCAUUUCUAUGUAAAAUGAGCGCCAGUGCUGGAACAGGAGUUCUUGAUCCUUGCAUAUGCCGUGUUUCUGUCAGAAAGGAACUGAAAGGUGGAAAGACUUAUGCAAAGCUGGGCUUUGCUGAUCUGAACCUGGCUGAGUUUGCAGGAUCUGGGAGAACGACACGCCGCUGUUUACUGGAGGGCUAUGACACCAAGAACACCAGGCAGGACAAUUCUAUUCUCAAGGUGAUCAUCUGUACUCACCUUAUGUCUGGAGAUCCUUGUUUCAAAACACCUCCAUCCACAGCGACAGUGAUUGGGAUCCAGGGGGAUGGAGAGAGUCUGCUGGAAGAGCGAAGAGGUGGAGACACCCAGAAACCCUUCUUGGGGCUCUCGGAAGCCACAGGGAUGUGUGGCUCUCUGCCAGAGGAGCUGGGUGUGUGUGGUCAUUCCCGAACCUCCAGCUAUGCUAGUCAGCAGUCUAAAGUAUCAGGCUAUAGCACGAGUCACUCACGCUCCUCCAGCCUAUCCGAGUUCACCCAUAAAAGGAACACAUCCAUUGGUAGUGCAUCCACAGGCAUUGCUAGCAUCCCUGAGCCCAGUGAGGAGAGUCCGAGCUCUACAGCACCUGCUGCUGCUGCUGCUGCUACCACCACCCUUGGAGCCUGUAACUCCCCGUCAGUAAACCCUGCUACACCAGACAGAACUUCUAACAGGUGUCAAGAUUACAGGUUUUUUCUGGUGAUGCCAUUCAAUCCCAGUCUAGUGCUGAUGGUUUCAAAGUCAUCACUGAUUGCAUCCCUCUUCUGCAGGCACCCAAUGAAGCAAGACUCGAUGGAAUCUCAGAUGAAACGGGUGGAUGCCACAAGAGUUGAUGCUGAUGAUGUGGUAGAGAAAAUCCUGCAGAGCCAAGACUUUACUCCUGGCAUGUUUGACUCAAGCAAUGAAGAGGAGGGUCUUCGUUUAUUUGUGGGUCCUGGAGGAAGCACAGCACUUGGCAGUCAUCAUCUACCAGCAAGGGUUGGUGCUGGUGCCUAUGAGCAAGUGGUGAUCAAGCGCUAGAGCUGAAAGGUGCCAUGUAAAGAGGGGCCACGACCAAAGUCAUGAAGAGAGGGAGGGCCCUUCAAACCCCUUCUUUCCAGUAGUGUGAUUUUAACAUCCAUUCACUGCUGGUGGAGUUGGUGAGGAUUUUCAAAGGUGCAUUGGCUCCUUUGAGUCCUGGGGUAACCUAACUUUUCAAUCCCGAAACUCCCUGCUUCCCUCUUUGACUUGCCUAUAAAACAUUCAACAAAGGAGGGAAACUGGUCUUACAUGUUGUAACAGGAAACAAUCCUCUGUGUUUUGCUUGGUUGGCAGUUUUGUUCCAGGCUUUUGUCAGCUUCGUAUUGAGGAUAUUAAGCUCAUCAUUUGGAUCUAUUCAGGGGUGAAGGUUUCAUUAUUUAAAAUUUUUAACAUAUGGGCAUAUUCAGAUGAGUCAUGCAUUAGUUGAGUGUGCGAGUGUGUGUGUGUGAGAGAGUGUGUGUGUGGGGGGGGGGGGAUUUUGGAUGCAGCGUUGCAGCAUUCUAGAAGGUCACAUCAAUGUGUAGUGCUUCCUUUUGCUGAUCUUAUUACACUAUAAGGGAAACCGAACCAACUAUCUGGCAUUGGGUCUGACUUUAGAGAAGAGAAUUGUUACUUACUGAACAAGCAUCAACUUUACAUUUAUAUAAAUGAGUAAUAAAUUCUGAUAGCACUUAAUAUUUGAAUAGAUAGAAUAGCUGUCAACCCUUGUAUGUUGUAUUUCUGUCAGAUUUGAGCAUUAAAUCAUCUUUUUAGUUUGUCAGUCAUGGUUUAUUUUCAGCUGCUAUGUUGUUUUUGGUUGUUGUUUUUUUUUUGUGGAGUUCAGUUUGAAUCUAACAAUAGUUUGUCUGUACAUUUGGCUGUACAGCCUUUUCAAGUAUUGUCUCACUCCUUCAGCAUAGCAUAAAUGGGGCCAAAGUCAAAUUUCUCAGACACUGCCAUUACAAAAACUGUACUGUGUAAUCAGGCAGUUUGAUCAUUCAUAAUUGCACCUUGUUCACAUUAUGACUACGCUGAUCCUUUUUUAUUAAGAAGUGAGAGCUGAGAUAUGACAGAAAACCGAAGGAAAGAAAUUCAAUAUUUUAUUAUAGUGACUUAUAGUCUUUGCCUCUGUGAAAGCAGUUUAUAUAGGUUAAAUUUUAUUUGAGGUGCUAGAGAAAUGUAGUCUGAUGUGAGCAUCUUUUGCUUAACUUGUACUAUGUACAUUUACUGCUAUUGUGGUUUUAAUUUUUUAUAUCAGAAAUGCUACAAAAUUCAUAUGAAUGUCUACCAGUUUUGUGCAUAUCAGAUGUCUACCCUGAUGUAUUGUUGCCUACUUAUUUUAAUGUGCUUAUUCUGAUUGUCUGUCUGCUGGUGUAAACAUGUUCCAGGUUCUCUGCGGUUUUAUUUGUGUCAUAUUAAAGCCAUAUGUUUUACAAAGUGAGCCCACUUCUGUGUAUGUGUUCUGAAGCAGGACUAGCUAUGUAGAGAUACAGGGAAUGGGUGCAUUAAAUAUCUCUAGUGUAUAAAUGCCUGUAAUAACCGAUUAUGCUGCGUCUGAUAUGAUGUAAUAUCAGUGUUGUCAUGGGUUAAACACCACUGCAAAACAUCAGUAUUGUGUUUUCUAACACAUUUCCAAAGAGCAGUGUUUCAUGUGUUAUAUCCUUACAGUGUUCAAUAUCAGAAAUCCUAUAUAUUUGACUAGUUGACAUUGUGUGUAGGUACCUUGUGUUGUAGUAAACACCAUGGUGUUUUGUUUUUUUUUAUCUCUUCUGUGAAGCUUUUGCUCCUUGUACUACACUACUGUACUUGUCAUGAUGUAACAGUGACUAUGCUUUUUACUGUUCGCAUUGCUAUUGUGAUGUUCAACUCUUUUUAACCAAUGCUGAUCAUGUGUACCGCACACUGUUAAAUAAACACAAUAAACCUGA